UCCCACUCUCCCUCUUUUCACAGGCAGCCAUGGCUUCCGCCGAGGGAGCCAAGGUACCGACGACUCCGGCGACUCCUCUCCGAGAUGCCUUCGGCAACGUGCUAUCCUUUUUCAUUCUCCUUCUUAUCGGAGUUCUCGCCUUCUCCAUCCGUCUCUUCUCCGUGAUCAAGUACGAGAGCGUCAUUCAUGAGUUCGAUCCUUACUUCAAUUACAGAGUUACUCAGUAUCUUACGAAGAAGGGAAUAUAUGACUUUUGGAAUUGGUUUGAUGAUCGUACCUGGUAUCCAUUGGGACGAGUGAUUGGUGGCACAGUUUAUCCAGGUUUAACAUUAACAGCUGGUUCCCUUUGGUGGAUAUUGAAUUCUUUGAACAUUCCUUUAUCCGUAGAAACAGUUUGUGUUUUUACUGCUCCUAUCUUCUCAGCCAAUGCAUCUUGGGCAACAUACCUUCUGACAAAGGAAGUCAAAGGCACUGGAGCAGGUCUUGCUGCAGCAACUCUUUUAGCCAUGGUGCCAUCUUAUAUAUCACGAUCUGUGGCUGGGAGUUAUGACAAUGAAGCUGUGGCAAUAUUUGCCUUGAUAUUCACUUUUUAUCUCUACAUAAAGACAUUGAAUACAGGAUCUCUUUUUUAUGCUACUUUGAAUGCGCUUGCGUAUUUUUACAUGGUUUGCUCAUGGGGAGGAUACACAUUUAUUAUAAAUCUUAUUCCAAUGCAUGUGCUUCUGUGCAUUAUCACUGGGCGCUACUCAUCUAGACUUUAUAUUGCUUAUGCUCCUCUUGUUGUCCUUGGGACUCUUUUGGCUGCAUUGGUCCCUGUUGUUGGCUUUAAUGCUGUGAUGACCUCGGAACAUUUUGCAUCAUUCUUGGUCUUCAUCAUUAUACAUGUGGUGGCUCUGGUACAUUACUUCAAAGGUCUUCUUUCCCCAAAAAUGUUUAAAGUUGCCGUAACACUUGUUGUUACUAUUGGGAUGGCAGUGUGUUGUGUAGUGGUAGCAGUUCUUGCAGCAUUAGUGGCUUCAAGCCCAACAAAAGGGUGGAGUGGUCGCAGUCUGAGUCUUCUUGACCCGACUUAUGCAAGCAAGUAUAUCCCAAUUAUUGCUAGUGUUAGUGAGCAUCAGCCUCCAACAUGGCCGUCCUAUUUUAUGGACAUCAAUAUUUUGGCUUUUUUGGUUCCAGCAGGCAUUAUUGCAUGCUUUUCUCCUCUUUCUGAUGCAAGCUCCUUUGUGGUCCUUUACAUUGCAACAUCAGUAUAUUUUUCAGGUGUCAUGGUGCGCCUUAUGCUUGUGUUGGCUCCAGCUGCCUGCAUCACAUCUGGCAUUGCUCUUUCUGGUGCAUUUGAUGUUCUUACACGAUCAGUCAAGUUUCAACCAUCUAGUUCCUCAGCUAUCACCACUUCAACAGCAGGGGAUGGUGCUUCUCAAAAUACUGUAUCUCAAGGUGAUGUGGGGAAGCCUGUGACCAAGACUUUAUCAAAAGAGAAGGCUGAUGAGGGUAUAAAGGAACGCCCUUCAAGAAAGAACAAGAAGAAGGAAAAGGAAAGCUCUGAAAAGGUCAUCAUGAAACCUCAGAAUGAGAAGAAGUUGUUAGUUUUGCCACGAGAGGCAUCUGUGGUUGCUAUUCUUUUGCUUAUUGUAUUGGGAAGUUUCUAUGUGCUUCAUUCUGUCUGGGCUGCAGCAGAAGCAUACUCUGCCCCUUCAAUUGUUUUAACAUCACGUUCACAUGAUGGAUUGCAUGUAUUUGACGAUUUUCGUGAAGCUUAUGCAUGGUUACGUCAUAAUACUGCAGUAGAUGAUAAGGUUGCAUCAUGGUGGGACUACGGGUAUCAAACAACUGCAAUGGCAAACAGAACAGUCAUUGUGGAUAACAACACAUGGAACAACACUCAUAUUGCAACUGUUGGUAUGGCUAUGUCUUCUCCAGAAAAGGCAGCUUGGGAGAUAUACACAUCUCUGGAUGUCAAAUAUGUUCUUGUUGUCUUUGGAGGGCUUGUUGGUUACCCAAGUGAUGAUAUCAACAAGUUUUUGUGGAUGGUUCGCAUUGGCGGUGGGGUGUUUCCUCAUAUCAAGGAGCCGGAUUAUCUUAGGGAUGGUCAUUACCGCAUUGAUUCCCAGGCCACACCAACCAUGCUGAACUGCCUGAUGUAUAAGCUUUCUUAUUACAGGUUUGUAGAAGCAGAUGGCAAAGGGUACGAUAGAGUGAGAGGAACUGAGAUAGGGAAGAAGUACUUCAAACUCACCCAUUUUGAGGAGGUGUUUACAACUCAUCACUGGAUGGUGCGGAUUUAUAAACUAAAACCUCCUAAGAACCGAAUUAGGGGAAAGUUAAAGAAGCCGAAGCAGGGUUCAAAAACAGGCCGGUCUACCUCUCACAGAAAGGGUGGGCAAAGGCGGAAUCCAUGGCACUCAUAAAACAAGUUUAAGUAGGGAAACUUAACUUGAGGUUCAUUUUUGUCAUUUUAUCGGUUUGUAUGAAUGCUAAGUUCUGAUAGGCUUUGCACUUCUUUAUUUGUUCCUUUUUUUCCUUAAAAUCUUUUUUGUAGAUUAAUUUGAUCUUUUGUCGAUUAGGCCUGAACAGAGUAAUUAAACAUCAUUGUGAUGAUGACAAAAUAAUAUUUAAUGAUAAAAUUCUGUAUUCUAAGGGGGAAA